AUGGCAGGCGUGGUGUACCCCAGACAGGUCCCCGUGGACUUAGACAUAUACCAAAGCACCUACACGGUCAACUAUAAACACUACGGGGAGCACAAAUGCUCCAGGGUCACACCGCAAGAGCAAGUGAAGAUAGAGAACCAACUCUGGGAAAAAGAGUUUCGUAGGCCCAUCCCCAGCCCCAAUCCCAAGCUAGAGGAUGGAUACCCCACCUUCGAAAGACCCUACAUGACCGCCAAAGACCUGGGGCAACCUGGUUUCUUCCCAUCACUGGACCAUGUGACCACAGUGAAGGACGAACGCAGGCUUCCCAGGAUCUGCCCGUCCGUGUACCCCACUUCCCACACUCUGUCCGUGGACCCCGCUUCCCACGCUCUGUCCAUGUACCCCGCUUCCCAUGCUCUGUAUGUGCCCCAGGACUGUCGGCACCGGGUCCUCCAGAGUGCCCACUUUCCGUGCCUCCUGGAGCCGGAGCGCCAACCUGCUGCAGAGGAGGGCAAAGGUUACUUUCUGCUGCCUGGCUGCCUCUGUCCUCAUCACGAUACAGUCAAGGUCCCUAUCUUGAACCGAUGGGGGCCCCUGAGGCCAUUUUACCAGUAG